AUGGUCAUGGUUCCUAGCCAGAAAUGGACGUGGAUUGAAGAUAAUUGGGAGAAUUAUUGGAUCAAGAUUGCAAAGAAGCAGGUACAAGAGCUUUGGGAUACUGAGUAUAAGCCUGUUCAAUUGCCGCCGCCACCAAGAGUUGAGAUCUCGAUUGAAGAGAAAACAGAGCAUCAGAUUUGGCUUGAGCAAAAGCGACGACGACCCCUUGUUUUAGACGAGUAUAUGAAGUACUGUGGAAGCCCAAUUACCUCCGAUGUUAAUGCAAGAGCUUGGUGGAUGGAGCCAGCUCAACGAGCAGCCUUCCCAAAUCUAGGAAGGAUGGCUUUAGAUUUGCUGUCAAUACCAGCGAUGUCACCCUGCGGUAGAAAAGCAGCUCUACUGCAGUAUGCUGCCACUUACAGCCGCAAGGCAGAAAGAGGAAUCGCAGAAGGUGUACUACUUACCUUAGGGGAGCAGCAUCAGCUAGUUCCUAGUGCAGCCUAA